GCCAGUUGGUUUAUAAGGCGCCAAGGGGCGUGCUCUGAAAAGAACUGCAUCAUUGUUCUGCUCAGCGGAAGACUGGUCAGUGUGCGACAAGGAGGAUGACUGACAGAAAGGCGGUGGUGAAGAAUGCUGACAUGUCUGACGACAUGCAGCAGGAGGCCGUGGACGUCGCCACGCAGGCUAUGGAGAAGUUCAACAUUGAAAAAGACAUAGCUGCCUUCAUCAAGAAGGAGUUUGACAAGAAAUACAAUCCCACAUGGCAUUGCAUCGUGGGAAGGAACUUUGGGUCUUACGUCACGCACGAAACCAAGCACUUUGUCUACUUCUAUAUGGGACAGGUUGCAGUGCUCCUCUUCAAGUCUGGCUAGCUAUAUAGGUCAUGUGGCUAGCUCAUGAGACAGCACGGCAUUCACUUCCAGACAACACACACACCCACACACUGGCUGCCAUUGAUUCUCUAUAAAGCAGGUAUUAUGGUAUUUUGAAAGAGAAG